AUGGCAACAUCUUCGGAUAGCGUCAAGUUCCUUCAACUUCGCAACGGUGAUCGUGUUAAUGUGAAUUCGUUUUGUACUAUAACUCAUGCUGAUGACUCAAAACUUCCUUCGGAUCAGAAAGCUGCUGUCGUUCUCCAAGCUUAUAGGGAGCAUUUCAAAGCAGCAGAUGUGUCCGUCCCUGCUGCGGAAUACAAGACCGUUGACUCCCUCGUGUCCGCACUGCCCCCUCGAAAACGGCCGGAACAGCUGAUAAAGUUUGUCGAAAAAACUAAGUCCGACUUUGAUCGAAUGGUAGAAUAUGACUGCGAUGAAGAGGAUUAUCUUUGGAUCAAAAAUAUCAACAGAGAACGCAAGAAAAACAAGGCUAGUGUAUUGUUACCCGAACAAAUGGAGCAGGUGAUGGAUCGGCUCGAGAAGGAAAGCCACUUCGAGGUCAAAGGGUCGCCGUCUUCAAUUAUGCCCGGCUCUUCCAUGGAUGGCGACGACGUUUGUUGCGUCUGUGGCGAUGGAGAUGUGAACAAUGUGAACCAAAUAAUCUACUGCGAUAUGUGUAACAUUGCCGUUCACCAAGAUUGCUACGGCGUGCCUUACAUUCCGGAAGGGCAGUGGUUGUGUCGCCGAUGCAAACUUUCUCCUUCUGCUCAGGUGGAAUGCUGCUUGUGUCCGAACACAAGCGGUGCAUUCAAACAGACUAGUGAUGGCAGAUGGGCACAUGUGAUUUGUGCUAUAUGGCUUAACGAGGUGCAUUUUGGGAACCUUGUAUUUUUGGAGCCAAUUGAAGGCGUUGACGCUUCGCUGGAGCGAAGGUGCAAGUUGAAGUGCUUAGUAUGUCGAAAGAAGAUGGGAGCAUGUCUGCAGUGCUCGACUAGGAGUUGUCUCAAAGCGUUUCAUGUUACUUGCGCCCAGCAAUCUGGAAUGACUAUGAAAAUUGAGAGCAGCCUCGACCCUAACAAUGCUGAAAUGAUGGAUGUACAGCGUUUCGUCUACUGUCACUUGCAUGCCGAUGAUGACGAAAGUGACCCAGCUGCCCGUAAAAAGCGAAUGGAUGAAGCUAUACGUCGAGCUCGGAGGAGUAUGGCUGCAAAAACCUGUAAAUCUCCCAGUGUGAACAUGCCAACCCUUUCUAUCGAAUCGCUGGAAAGCAUAAAAGCUUUAGUCGGUUUUGACAUUGAGGAUAUAGUGCAAUAUUGGUACCUGAAGAGGAAGAGUCGUUGCGGUGUCCCGCUUAUUAGGAGACUACAGUUGAACCAGAAAGUAUCUCGAGCUUCCAACUUCCCUGCUUCCGAACUUGCACAGGAGGAUCAAAGAAUCUAUGAACAGUUUAUGAUGAAACGAGUAAGUCUCGAAACAACACGAUUACUCUGCGAGCAGGUGAAGAAGCGAGAAAGCCAUAAGAAGAGUCACCGAAAGGUGUCUGCCACACUUAUGGCAACAUUGCUCAAGCCAACGUCUUUGGUAUUGGAAGAGCUGCUUGAUCGCCUAGCUGAUAAGGACAAAGAAAAGGUCUUCACAUCCCCAGUUACUGUGGAUGGUUAUCGGGAUUUCAUCAAGCAUCCAAUGGACAUCUCCACGAUGAGGAAAAAGCUAGAGAAAGGGAAAUAUGAUUCCAUAGGAUCAUUGCGUACGGAUGUUCUUUUGAUGACCGACAACUGUGAAAAGUUCAACCUGGAGAAUCCUUACUUUUUGCACUACGGCCGCAAAUUCCGCAAAAUCGCUCUUGGGUUACUAGACAAGGAAGAAGAGAGGGAACGUUCGUUGGAGAAGUUAUUGUCGAGUGAAUCAGAGCAGUCAUACUUGAAGGAGGUAUCACGCGUGGGACUAUACGACGUUUUGGAGGCGGAGGUCAUGAAAGACGAAAGUGAGCAGGAAUCAGACACAGAGAAGAUUCAAAGGAACAACAGAUCGCGAGCUGUGAAGGACACUCCAACCAAUGAAACGAAACAUGCUGUUCGGUGGCUUGGGGUUGGGAACGUUUAUGGCCGCAAAGGAAUCAAAUGGGGGACUUUUCAACAUCAACGGUAUAAUUCUGAGAUUAUUAGCUCAAGCGUGUUGAGUACGUUUCAUAUUCCAGGAACUACACCGAAACCAAAGCGGCGAAAUAGUCCUACGGAUCAGACUCCCAUUCAUAAGAGACGGAAGAAAGAGUCCAGUUUUAUUAAAAGCCCAUUCCGUCAAUCGCCCAUCACGAAGUUCCUGUCCUCGGCUUCUACGACUGGAAGGCGUUCAACUCUACGACAGCACGUUGCUGCUCCUUUGAUGGCUUUUCGUGACAACUCUGUGAAGAGUCCGUUGUCAGCUGACAUUCCUUCUUCUGAAUCAUCAGCUGAAGAAGAAGACGGCAGGACAAAUCGUCGUAGACCCCGGCUUGGGGAGCAUGCUAAGCUAGACAUAGAGGAACUGAGCGAUUUUGAUGGUUAUCACCACAACGAUUUGGUCGUUGUAGACGGGAUUGCUGGACGGGUAAUAGAUCCUGUAGAUGCACGAGUAGACUGUGGCCUACCAAGCGAACUCGUAAGUGAAUGCCGCACAUCUGCCCAUAGGAGAGACUCUCAGAUUUGCGUUUAUCUCUUCGAGAACGAAAACAAAUGGGGAUGGUAUCCAUCGCGUGAUGUCCGGUAUCUGAAUACAAAUGGGGAUAACAUGUCUUCUUUGUCGUCUUUUAAAUUAGCUAUGAAGUGGCAUAAAAAGAUGAUCGAUACGUACAGUAACAAAGAAGCAAUGUAG